ACAGACAGCGGACCGGCGGCGGCGGAGGCGCGCGGGGACCCGCGGGCGCGGCGCGAGGAGGGCCCGGCCCUCGGCGACCCCGGCCCAUGGCCAGCCCGGCCCCGCCCGCCGCGGAGGAGCUGCCCGGCGCGGCGCGGCGCCUGGGCUCCAGGAUGGAGGCCUCAUGCCUGGAGCUGGCCCUGGAGGGCGAGCGCCUGUGCAAGGCGGGCGACUUCAAGGCGGGCGUGGCCUUCUUCGAGGCGGCCGUGCAGGUGGGCACCGAGGACCUGCGGACGCUGAGCGCCAUCUACAGCCAGCUGGGCAACGCCUACUUCUACCUCAAGGAGUUCGCCCGCGCCCUGGCCUACCACCGGCACGACCUGCUGCUGGCCCGGACCAUCGGCGACCGCAUGGGGGAGGCCAAGGCCAGCGGGAACCUGGGCAACACGCUCAAGGUCCUCGGCCGCUUUGACGAGGCUGCGGUCUGCUGCCAGCGGCACCUGGACAUCGCCCAGGAGCAGGGCGACAAGGUCGGAGAGGCCCGGGCGCUGUACAACAUGGGGAACGUGUUCCACGCCAAGGGCAAGCAGCUGUCCUGGAGCGCCGCCCAGGACCCCGGGCGCCUGCCCCCCGACGCCCGCGAGGCGCUGCGCAGAGCCUCCGAGUUCUAUGAGAGGAACCUGUCGCUGGUGAAGGAGCUGGGCGACCGGGCGGCCCAGGGCAGGGCCUACGGCAACCUGGGCAACACCCACUACCUGCUGGGGAGCUUCGUGGAGGCCACCACCUUCCACAAGGAGCGCCUGGCCAUCGCGAAGGAGUUCGGAGACAAGGCCGCCGAGCGGAGGGCCUACAGCAACCUGGGGAACGCCCACAUCUUCCUGGGCCGCUUCGACGUGGCCGCCGAGUACUACAAGAAGACGCUGCAGCUGUCCCGGCAGCUGAAGGACCGGGCGGUGGAGGCGCAGGCCUGCUACAGCCUGGGCAACACCUACACGCUGCUGCAGGACUGCGAGCGGGCCGCCGAGUACCACCUGCGCCACCUGCUCAUCGCCCAGGAGCUGGCCGACCGAGUGGGCGAGGGCCGGGCGUGCUGGAGUCUGGGGAACGCCUACGUGUCCAUGGGGAGCCCGGCCCAGGCCCUGACCUUCGCCAAGAAGCACCUGGAGAUCUCCCAGGAGAUCGGGGACCGGAACGGGGAGCUGACGGCCCGCAUGAACGUGGCGCAGCUGCAGCUGGCGCUGGGCCGGCUGAGCAGCCCGGCGGCCGCCGAGAAGCCAGACCUGGCCGGCUACGAGGCUCAGGGGGCCAGGCCCAAGAGGACGCAGCGGCUGAGCGCGGAGACCUGGGACCUGCUGCGGCUGCCCCUGGAGCGGGAGCAGAAUGGAGACAGCCACCACGCGGGGGACUGGCGGGGGCCGGGCGGGGACCUGCUGCCCCUCCCGGUGAGGAGCAGGAAGUACCAGGAGGGGCCGGACGCUGCUGAGAGGAGGCCCCGGGAGGGCGGCCACUCCCCGCUGGACAGCGCCGAGGUCCGGGUGCAGAUGCCACACACGAGCCUCCCGCGGGUCCCGUCCGCGGACGAGGAGUGCUUCUUCGACCUGCUGAGCAAGUUCCAGAGCAGCCGCAUGGAGGACCAGCGCUGCCCGCUGGAGGAGGGCCAGCCCGGGGCCGCCGAGGCCAUGGCCGCAACCGCCCUGGAGGAGCGGACGGCCCCGCCGCCGCUCACAGCCUCCCCGCAGACGGAGGAGCUCUUCGACCUCAUCGCCAGCUCGCAGAGCCGCCGGCUGGACGACCAGCGGGCCAGCCUGGGCCGCCUCCCCGGGCUGCGCGUCACCCACAACAACCUGGGCCACCUGCGGGGCGACCGGGACCCCCCAGCGCCCGGCGACGAGUUCUUCAACAUGCUCAUCAAGUGCCAGUCCUCCAGAAUCGACGACCAGCGCUGCCCGCCGCCCGACGGGCUGCCCCGCGGGCCCACCAUGCCCGACGAGGACUUCUUCAGCCUCAUCCAGAGGGUGCAGGCCAAGCGCAUGGACGAGCAGCGGGUGGACCUCGCCGGGAGCCCGGAGCAGGAGGCGGGCGGGCCCCCCGAGCCUCGGCAGCAGUGCCAGCCCGGCACCAGCUAAGGCCUCGAACCCACAGCCAGCGCCCCCCUCCCGGAUGCCUGGGGAGCGGCUCUGUCGUCCAGGCUGCCUGCAGCCUCUGAGAAGCUGAUCCUCCCAGGCCGUGGCUGGAGCAGGCUGGGCGCCCGAACUUCCCACUGAGCCGGACUGGGCACCCCCCACCCCAGGGUCCCUCCCCGGGGCGGCAGGCUCGGCCUGUAUCGGGGAGGCCUUCUCUGUCCUGGGCCCAUCCCCCGCGGUACACGGCUCCCCACAGGCCUGCCCGGCCAGCCCCUCCUCGGCCCUGCCCCUGCCCCGGACCUGCGGCAUGUCAGCCCCAGACCAGUGCUGUCCAGGCCCGGGCCUCUCCCUGCCCACCGCUGUCCUGCGGCCAAAUGUGAAAACCCUGCUGCCCCCCGCCCAGGUCUGUGCAGCCUCCUCGGGGGCCACCACAACAUGGACGUCCAUCCGUCCUCCCAGAGCUGGUCCCAGUCCGGCCUCACCCCCAGGAGGGCCCCCGCUGUCCUCCCCUUCCUCCUCCCCAGGCUCCCUGAGCCCCAGCCCCAGGGGCCCCAGCAGGCAGCCCGAGGGGAGGGGGGGUGAGCGUCCAGUUCCUCGGCUCCGCGCUCGGGAGCCCGGCCGGGGCCGGGGAUGGGGCCUGGCCCUGCGGGGACCGGGGCCAGCCAGGCCUCCCCCUGCCCAUGCCGGACGGGCAAUGGCCUGGAGGCUGCCACACGGCCAUGGGGCGGCAGCGGGUCAGCAGAGCGGGGAGGCCCGCCCCGCCCUCCCCCCACCAGCUAGGGCUACAUCGUCCUGCCUCCUCCCGGUGUGGAGGGGUUCUGCCCCUCCCGGUGCCCAGGCCCGCCGCGGGCCGCAGA